CACCUUUCUUUAGUUCCUCCUAGUCCCUGUAACAGCACUCAUACCAACAAAGCUACAGUUCGCUCUCUCACUGUCUUACCACUACCCUUGUCCUCUUGUUGGAGAUAGUACAGUGCUUAUAUGCCAUUCGCCUCCUUUCUUUGCAAGGCUUGGAGACACUGUUUCCUAUUCAUCUUCUUCCUCUAGUUCUGCUCUCUGGGUCUUUUUAUCUGUUCCCCUUGGAGUCUCUCUCUCUCUCUGUGCGUGUGUGUCUGUGUGUUGCUUGCUUUUGCUCUCUCAGGAAGUUUGCUCUCUUCCAGUGGGGAGAGUGAGAAGAGGGAGAGGGAUGAGUGCUACAAGGUUCAUUAAAUGUGUGACUGUUGGGGAUGGGGCUGUGGGGAAGACCUGCAUGCUCAUCUGCUACACCAGCAACAAGUUCCCUACUGAUUAUAUUCCCACUGUCUUUGAUAACUUCAGUGCUAAUGUUUCUGUGGAUGGGAGCAUUGUCAACUUGGGAUUGUGGGACACUGCAGGACAAGAAGACUAUAGCAGACUGAGACCACUGAGUUAUAGAGGUGCAGACAUAUUUGUUUUAGCUUUCUCUUUAAUCAGCAGGGCUAGCUACGAGAAUGUUCUCAAGAAGUGGAUGCCUGAACUUCGUCGCUUUGCACCAAAUGUUCCAAUUAUUCUGGUCGGGACUAAGCUAGAUCUUCGUGAAGACAGAGGUUAUCUUGCUGAACAUCCAUAUGCUACUACAAUAACAUCGUCACAAGUAAGUUCUCCUGGAACUAAUUUAUGGGGAACCUAUCUCACACCCAAAAAUGUAAAGAAAGUUGGGAAAUGCUUUAUAGGUAUCGGUCGUUUGGAACUAUCUAAUAGAUACUUUUUCUUCCUGUUUAGGGAGAAGAACUUAGGAAACAAAUUGGCGCAGCAGCAUACAUCGAAUGCAGCUCUAAAACCCAACAGAACGUCAAAGCUGUUUUUGAUACUGCAAUCAAAGUGGUUCUUCAACCUCCACGAAAGAAGGAGAUGAUGCCCAAGAAGAAAAGGAGGAGAAGCUCUGGCUGUUUAAUGAUGAAUCUUGUUUGUGGAGGAAUGUGCACUGCAUAGGAGUAAAGAAGCGACCACAUUUGGUGUGCUGUGCUUGGGAGCACGCCAGCAGCAAUCUCUUAUCUUGAGUUUUCAGUUCCUUGGAAACAGCUGACAAAACAUUUUGUUUCGUUGGUAAGAGGGAACCGUUGGUUCUCGAACACUUCAGGGAAUGAACCAGUUCUCUUGUUUAUGUAAGAAUGUAAUGCCUGAGUACUUUAUAUGGUUUCCAGCUAUCGCUAUUUAGUGGGUCAUGUUGAUCUAUGCUGAUACUCGUUGAAAAGUAAUGAUACUUUAUGAAUGCAAUGGUGGUGAUUUCAGAAGAACAGAAA